GUCACUUCUUAUUUUGACCCAAUUUUUGUUGAUAACGAUAAAGAAACCAAGGACAAUUGUUGUCAAAUUAUUGUUAAAUAUCAAAAGAAAACUUGAUAAAGAGCAUUUGAAAAUGGCGUCUGAACAGUGGCGGGAUUUUGGAGUGUUACCUGGAUAUACAGGAGAAUGCCAUCCGAAAAUAUUCAAUUUGUGCGCAAAACCGAGUGUUCAAGAAAGGAAAGUAGGACAACUUCCGGACGAAUUGAUUCGGAAAUUCUUUGAAGAUGGUUAUGUGAUCGUGAAAGACUUCUUUACUAAGGAAGAAUUGGAACCAUGCAGAAAGGCUAUUGAAAGAUUUGUUGAUCAGCUGGCCCAAAAAUUAUACGAAUCUGGACGAAUCAAAUCGCUCUACAGUGAGUACGGGUUUUUUGAACGCUUGUCGAGGAUUGAAAAAGACUUUCCUGGAGCUAACAUAGUUCUACACAAAUACGGAGUUUUACCACAGGCCUUUAAAGAUCUUUGGACCAAUGAGCGUUUGUUGAACGUUGUGGAGCAGCUGAUUGGUCCAGACAUUGCCGGGCAUCCAGUUUGGAAUCUGCGCACUAAAACACCCCAGAACGAGGCUACAACAGUUCCUUGGCAUCAGGACUCUGCCUAUUUGGAUCUAGAAUCGUACAAAGUCCUCCAGCCUACGGCAUGGAUUCCUCUUCUAGACACCAAUGCUGACAAUGGAUGCAUGCAGGUUGCACACAGAGGUCACAAGACCGGUAAAGUUGCUCACCAUCAGUGUUGUUACGGAAAGACCUGGUAUGUCAUGUUGGAGGAAGAGGAAAUGGCCAAAUCAUUAGAAGUAGAUUUGGACAAAGACAUCAUUACAUGUCCAGUUCCCUAUGGUGGAAUGCUACUGCUAAACAAUAUGAUACCUCACAGAAGCUUGCCGAACAUGUCCGACAAGAUCCGCUGGAGCCUUGAUCUCCGUUGGCAAAAACCGGAUCAUCCCUGCGGAUUUUAUGGUAUAAAGAACCACCUACUUUUCCGGACGUCCAAGGAUCCGGACCAUAAGAUCGACUGGACAGGUUUUGACGCAGAUGACCGCUGGUCUAAACAGAAGGAAUCAGUCAAAGCCCUCCAAGACUUACUUCCGAAUGUAGAAGACGCUUAUUUUGACACCACUAUCCAGGGUCCGUGGAUGAAGAAAUGGGACCUCGUCCACCAUAACCAACACACGGCUAAAAUGGACGACAGCAAGCAGCUCUCCUGGCACGCCCCUACCAAAGCUUAACUUGGCCUACAAUUACUUAUAACAUGCUUCACAUAAUUCAUAUUUGACUAUAUAUCAUUUACAAUACGG